UACUUUCCUCCUCAGCCACUGUUUGUUCCCACAUAAGAUGAAUAAGAACCACGAACUCCACACUAAUUCCCACUUAAGGAACACCUUUUUCUCUGAAAUUGGCAUUGGGAUCUCAGUCAACAGCAUCCUUCUUCUCUUCCACAUCCUCAAGUUCACUUCUGGGUACAGGUCCAAACCCACUGACCUGCCCAUUGGUCUCUUGGCCCUAAUCCACCUACUGAUGCUACUGAUCACGGCAUUCAUAGCUAGAGAUAUUUUUAUUACUCAGAGGGAAUGGAAUGACAGCACAUGUAAAUUCCUUGUCUACUUGCACAGAAUUUUUAGAGGUCUCUCUCUUUGUACCACCAGCUUGUUGAGUGUCCUCCAGGCUAUCAUCCUCAGUCCCAGAAACUCCUGUUUAGCAAAUUUCAAGCGUAUAUCUCCCUAUCACAUGUCAUGUGCCCUUCUUUUCCUGAGUAUCUUCUAUAUGUUCAUUAGCAGUCACCUCUUAGUAUCGAUUAUUGCCACACCCAAUUUGACCUUGAAUAACUAUAUGUAUGUUACUCAAUCCUGCUCUAUUCUACCCAUGAGUUACCUCAUGCAAAGCACAUUUUCCACACUGCUGGCCCUCAGGGAAGCCUUUCUUAUUAGUCUUAUGGUCCUCUCGACUUGCUACAUGAUGACCCUCCUGUGCAGGCACAAGAAGCAGUCCCAGAAUCUUCACAGCACCAGCCUUUCUCCAAAAGCAUCUCCAGAGCAAAGGGCCACCCGGGCCAUCCUGAUGCUCGUGAGCUUCUUUGUGCUGAUGUCCAUCCUGGACAGCAUUAUCUCCUGCUCAAGAACUAUGUUCCUGAAUGAUCCCACAUGUCACUGUAUCCAUCUCUUUGUGGUCCAUAUCUAUGCCACAAUCAGUCCUUUUGUAUUUAUGAGCACUGAAAAACAUAUAGGUAACUUGUUGAGGUCUGUGUGUGAGAGGGUGAUAAAUGUUUGA